AUGAAUCCAAUGGAAUACACCCCUGGUUUAAUUCCCAUUGAGUGGGAGGCGUGGAUCCGAGGGAAACGAGAACGUCCCCCGACACAUGAAGAACUCAUAGCCGAACAGAGGAGAGUUAAAACGCUCCAAGAAAGAGCAAAGCAAGUGGAAGAGAAGGAUAAAGAACGGCAAGCUUUGGAGCAGGAAACAUCACAGGCAGCAGCUCAAAUUGGCCACGCCUCAGCUCCCUUGUACGAGAGUCUGGAUAAUAGAACACAACCUAUAAGCACUGGGACGACUUUUCAACCCGGGGAGUGGAUUCCUGAGUCUGAUCCAAAUGAAUCUUCUAGUGGAAAGGAGGGUGGAGAAACGUUUGAGCCGCAGUCUUGGGUACCUCCUGGUGAUAAAUCUCCUGUGAAGUGAGUGGUGAUUCAGAAACGGCAAUAAGUCAUUCGUUAGCUUCCCCUAGUGAGUGGUAACCUCUGAGGAUCCUCUGACAUUUUUCUCUAAUGUUAAACCAACCUUCAUAAAUCCACUUGGGUAUGGAGUUGAGGAACUCCUAUCAUGGCUAAAAAUCAGGACUCUAGUAUUUGUUUUACCUAGGACUUUCUGUCAUCAAGUUCUCUUUCCUUUGCAAUAUAACUUGUGCUAUUGAAAUCAUACUUUUACUUUAUACUUUCUAUGUCUGUUCUUGUGCAGCUUAACAUCUUGUAAACAAGAAACAAACAAACUCUCCAAUUAUUUGCGGUACAAGAAUUCUUGUGGAAAUUUAUUCUUAGAAGAUCCCAUGUUAAUCCUUUAACUCCCAGAAGUUAUUAACAAGUAACUUCUCCCCACAGUAUCCAUGCACUAUUCAGCAAACAAGUAAUGAGAAUACUCAAGUGUAUCAGGUGGAAAUUGUUAUCCUGAUCUAACACCAAAUUCUCAUAACUUGUUUACAUGGAAAUAUGUAGCAGCUAUAGGGGAGAAUUGACAAUCAGAUCAUGGGAGUUAAAGGGUUAAAGACAAUCAGUUUCUAACCUUCUACUACAAGGUGUGGUCACUCUCUCUCUCUCUCUCUUAUUCCAUAUCCUGGAGUAAGAAAGGGACUGUUUUUCUUGCCUAAAAUGGGCAGAUUUGAAUGAGAACUUGAAGACAAGGUUGGAUUUGAUUUCUUCAAGACAUUGGUGACAUUUGUCUUAUAAAAAUAAAAUAAUAUAACUAUUAAUUUCUUUAAUUGCACAAUAAUUUUUUGUUUAUUUUAUUGUUGGAAGUAAAUUAUGUAAACAGCCUUUUAAAACAGAUAUGGGAUGGUUCAAAAUCCUCUCUGUUAAGAGGCUUUCUAAUUGGCCAUUCACAGAGUACAGCUUAAAGGUUGCACUUGAUCAGUAGUUGGUAACCAGAGUCAAAUCUAGCCAGUAGUAGGAUAAAGGAUGUGAAUUCUUGACCAACAGACAACAAUCCCUCUGCCUGAGAGACACCUGUAGUCAACAUGUAUCUGAUGGAUCUGAAAAAAUGCCUUCGAGUUCCUUUGGAUUUCCCUGAAAUACUUCCCCAGUCCUCUUUUGUCUUAUGAAUCCAUUGAGGAAUUAUCAGUGUUCUCUAGGGAUUUUUUUAUUCCUGAGCCAUGCCAAAAUUAGAAAAAAAAUUAAGAAAAGUAGAGAAUGAUGUUUUUUAGUGAAUAAAAUAAGACUGAGACUCUAAUUCUGAUCCUUUCACCUGCAAGGGCAUAUUUUUUUGAGGUUUGGUGUUUAAAAAGUACCUUUUUGAUAAAUCAUGCCUAGUAUGCAGAGCAACUGAGUGUGAAAUCCGAAGGUCUGAGGCUUGAUUCCUUGUGAGUAUUCAGAAUUUUUUCUUUGUCCCAUGCCUGUGAAAAGACAAAAAAACUUCUUUCUCUUUUUUUUUACUGAGCUAAAAAAUUACCAUCUCUCUUAUUAUUUAUUAUUUACAAAACAUGACGCUAUCGACAUUGCUGAUUCCAGCAGUAUGCAGGAUGCAUGUCCUAUAUGAACUUCGCAAUGGGCCUUGGUCACCAUAGAGUCUUUGUGGCUCAGCCGCAGAGCAUUGCAGCACAGAAUCUGAAGUUCCUCAUGGGACUCAGUUUUCUGUUUGUCCAGUCCCAUGCUCAUGACAAGACCAAAAAAACAUUUGUGAAAGCAAUCCUCACAAUUAUGAAUGCUACCUAGCUACUGGUAAAAAUAAGACCUGAAAAAAAUUCAGGCUGGUACACGAUUUGAAGCCAUGACCUCCACAGUAAAGGUGCAGCACUCUAACAACUGAGCCAACAAGCCAACUGGGAGCUGGUCGUUAUGAUGGUUCUUUCAUGUUUGUUUCUUCAACUGGAGUUCACGUAAAGUUAUUUUUUUUGAGGGGGCCUAGCCUCAGUAAAGAGGAAAAUUUAUAUGUAGUAUAAAUUACUGAGUAUUUAUGCUUCAUUUUAUUGUGGGUUUUACACCUGUAUGCUGUGCUGAAAUCAUCAGUAAAUAGUAUUACUAGUUGUUAACAACUUCCUACAUGAAUAUUAAGUUCUUUCUUCUACAGUGUGCCAGCAGUAUGGAUCUUGCUUUCCCCUUGCCAUUAGAUCAUCUAUUCAAUUUCAGUUAGCCUUUCAAAUUUAUAAUAAACAACAAGUAUAUUAGCCAUGAAAAGUGGUUCCUGCUCACCAAACAAUGGUAAAACAGCUUGGACUGUUUGGUAUCAUGUAUAAUGCUUGAUGAUGAUUAAUUUAUUGAUGAUAGUAAUAUCAUUUGUCUUUUACGUACAUGUUAUUUUGGUUGAUACUGCAAGCACAUUAAUAACUCUGUUGCCGUUAGUAAGUCACCAUAGGAAUUGUACUCAUGACUAAGAAAAGAACUCUUUUCAAUAUAUUUUUCCAACAAUAAAGUUCACGAGGAGGCGAAUAAGAAUCGUGAAUUAAGGACAAGUGUUUGGAAGAUAAAGAAUUGAAUUAAUUACUUUACCUCGUUGACGAGUAGUCUCUCUGUCCGAGUUUCACAAAAGACAAGUCCAGUCCCGUAUUUCUAAAAGUUGACGUUAGCAACGCUUAGCAACGAAAUUUCCGUUCUUCAAAAUGGCGGUCCACCGCGGGUACAACAUGACUGAAAUGAAAUAUAAGCCAAGUGAUACAGUCAUAAGGAGGAGGCGUAGACAAUCUUUAAAAAUCCAAAAGAACAUAGAUGAUGACGUGCUUAUGGCUUCAGCGAUCGGUGAUGUAACAUGGCUUCAACAAAGCCUCUAUGAUACGCGUAAAGCAUAUUCUGUUUCCAUCGAACACGUAAGUGACAUUCUCGAAUUCUUCAAUCUCUUUAAAUAACUUGUAAACCAGUGUUCGAUUGUUUAGUUCUAUUCACGCCAGAUAAUUAGAGUGUGAACAGUUAGCAGCGAAAGAGGCGCAGGUCAAAUGCUGUAAUACUUUGACAGAAAGUUGCGGUAAUUAUUACGAAGCAAACGUGACAGACGUGCGAAUUGUUUCGCUGUCUCGUGUAACGGGACGAAGCGUGUUUUCAUUUACUUUUUGCGAGCAUUUCAAUAGAAGUCCGACUUCUGUUCCACAGCCGCAUCAUUUCUGUACUUGUGAAUUACUUUAGAAAUAUUAAGGUGGGUUUACCACAAGGAGCAGCCAUUUUUUUUGUUUGACGUUCACGUCCUCAAAAUUAACAGUUUAGAUAGUAUUCCCUCCUUUGAGUAUUAGAAAUCGGAUUUACUUUAAAUGUAGCUUUCUUCAUCAGUUUAAUCAGGUAGUACUCCUAAAUUGAUUGGGAAAGCUGAAAUAAAACCAAAUGAAAUUUUGAUGGGGACUCAGAACAACCUUAGUUGAAUUUUAUACUUUCAUCCAGGGAGAUUAGAAAUCCAAUUGUACCCCUUUCACGCCAUGAGACCUCGAUGAAAACUCUAACAUUUACCGAUGUACAUGUAUUUCUUUUAGCAUCAAAGCAAAUUUGUCGCAAAUGGAUCCACAAAUUACGAUAAGCCUAAGCCACUGGAAGCUCAUUCAACAUUAUUGAGUAUUGAGCUUGCUCUGGUGAACAUGAAGGCAGCUAUGUCACAUAAAAGCCCUGCUAAAAUAAUAUUGUUGUGAAAACACCGUUGCAGAGAAAAAUGCCUUUUUUAGCUUAACAGUGCAAGAAACAGAUUUUGUGGAAAUAAAUUUUGCUGCUGGAAAACAGGAAAAAAUGUUGUUGUCUUGGAUCAAAACAUUUAAUUCUCCCACCUGAAGACAAAUUUUGCUUCCAAACCAGUUGCUUCUCAGUAACUAAUCUGGAAAGCAAAAUAUUUUGUUUUCAUCCCUAUAAUUGAGCUAUCCUGAUAACAUUCAAGCUUACAGUGUUUCCUUUUAAUAAUCAUUGUUUCCUGUUUCCAAUGUUUUAUUUCAUAACCAAGGGAAAAGUGUGUGUCACAUGUCAAUUAUAAACCUCAUAAUGGCCUACUGUAGUUCACCAUAGAGUCUCUUUGGUUACUUGAAAUCCAGAGAUCUAAUGUUGAUUCCUCACAAGGAUUCUUCAUGCUUGUGACAAGAGGAAAAAGUACAUCCCCCUUUAAUGCCUCCUGGUUUAGCCACUAGCCUUAAAACUUCCUCAAAACUGAUGGCUUCUUACAUGUACAUGGAUGUAUUUUGAUUAAUGAAUACAUGAAUGCCUGGAACCCCCAGAGAUUCCAACCCCAUGUGAUGGAAAAUAGGGAGUAAUUAUUAGUGCCAAAGGCGCGAGCUUCUAGGGGGGUCAGGGGGCAUGCCCGCGGGAAAUUUUGCAAAUUUAGGUUCUCUCAAGUGCCAUUUCCUGAAUUUUGACAUCAUUCCGGCCUGAGUUAUAACAUACCAUAAUGCUCUUCGCGAAGAAAGUAAGUAUAAUAUGAGUGUUUCACAGUGACAGAUCGCCAAAAAUUCUAAAGAUUAGCAAUUUUCCCAUAGUUUUCAGAAUUUUAUGAUAAAUCGGGAGAAUUUGGUAAAAAUCGGGAGAGCAGGAGGCAAGACAUCAAAUCGGGAGACUCCCGAUCAAAUCGGGAGGGUUGGAAUCUCUGAACCCCCAGUGCUUGAAACCAGCAAACUCUAACAAAGUAAAAUAAUUUAACUCUAACAAAGUGAAAAUAUAUUAAUGUUACCUUAAUUUCUUUCAGGGUCUUGCUCCUAUUCACCUUGCCGCACAGAAUGGACAGCUUGAAUGCCUUAAAGUAAUGAUAGAAAGAUAUAAAGUAGAUGUUAAUUUUCAAAGUGCAUCCGGAUGGACACCCCUUCAUUUAGCAAUUAACAAGUCUACCAAGAAAAGAGGAUUGAGAUGUGUACAAUAUCUUUUAGGGAAAGGUGCAGAUCCAUCAAGGUUAGUGUAGGAUGAGUGUUUUUUAAUUGUAAUCGAACUGAAUGGAGUGCAGUUUGGUCUGAAAUCAUAUGCGAUUUCAAAAUCAAGAGAGUACACAGGGAAAGUUUAAUUCCAAAUAUGAUUUCAGACCAAAACUACAUGACACAAAGUUCAGUUACUGGGCACCUCUUUAUUACAUCUAUUUUGAAAUCACAAAUUCAGUGGCUCAAUGAGUUUUUUUUUUUUUGUCUGAUCAAAUAUUUCAUUGAUCCAUUAUAUUGAGCUUGUUUGAAAAAAGUUGCAAAAGUUGUGUCUCAUUUUCCCGCAAUUUGAUUGAUUUCUGUAAACUGAAGCCUUGAAAUUUGACUGAUUGUUGUGUUUUAGCAAAGCUGUCUCAUUGGCCUGGGAAAAAGAUGUGAUUUAGAGCAUAAAUUGGUUCAAUUUGAGUCUAAAUUGCACAGGUGAGAGGCUAUCAGAUUGCAGGGAUCAAAAGUGAUUUCAAAAUGGAUGUAAUUAAGUGUUAAACCAGGAAUUUCAAUGAAUCAGCUUACCUGCAAUCUACUGCUGCCUAUGAGACUUUUUUCACCAUCUGUUUAACCUGAAAGCAGACUCUUGUGUUUGGGUAUCACCUUACAGCCCCUUCUUGGGCACAGCUGCUUAUUGCACCAUCAGCAGCGGCUUAUGGAAAAAGUUAUUGACAUCCCUGGUUAAUUCAACCAAGGUAUGGGCUGAUGGUAUAUGUGUAGAUGAGUAACCCAUAUAAAUAGGAAGCAAGAUUGGAAUAUAGUACAGAAGAAUGAAAAUACUAGUUACAGAUUGUAGUGAAGUGGGAGAAAUUUAAGAAAAUCUUACACAGUGGAUGAACUGUCAAAUUUGGGAAACUGCCAUUUGUCACUUAAACACUCUUUUGCUCAUCUGGCCUGGUACAGGCUAAUGGAUGUUGGCAGAUCCAACCUCCAACCCAGUCCCCCUCCCUUUUCCUUCCUUUCCUCAAUUUGGAAAUGAGGAGAUGGUUAAAUGUUUUCUGCAAACUUACCUUGUAAUAUGAUUGAAAUGAUUUUUUUAAGACCCUUCUUUUAAUUAAUGAUCAGAAUUUAAUUUUGAUUUUGAGGAAAGAUGAUAACCAUACUUUUCCUUUGAAAUCAAGACUUGGUUGAACAAAAGUUCUCAGGAUUAACAAAUUAGAUGUAUUUAUUUUAGUGCUGGUUUAAAUAUUCUUUUAGUGUUCAUUAUCAGAAGAAUUGAAGGGCUUAAUGUUGCUUCAACUUUUUUUGAUCAUAGAUACCUGUUUCUUAAAAUCACUGUGAUAGUAUUUCCCCGCUCACUGAUAAAAAAUCGUUUUUUGUGCUGAUAAAGCCAUAGCUAUUUUGUACUGAUAAAAAGGCAAUUUAGUCUGCACUUUCUACUGGUUUACCGAGAUAAUAACCUCUUGAGAUGUCGGAAAAACACUUUUAAAAUUUAUAUAGAAAUCUUUGCGGCUCGUGAUUUGCGACUUUUCCCAUGUUCUCCCAACGUCCCUUGUCGUUUAUUACGGCGGUAAAUAUGGCUUGAUUAUGUAAUGAACUGGAUGCUGAAAGUGCAGUAAUUACAAUAUUUGCAGUUGAUUAGUAUUUGAUAAGAGAAUAUGUCUUUUCCAGCGAUUUGUUUUGGAACAAUUUGCGAGAUUUCCCAGAUUUAUUAAGUGAAAGUGCCGCUCCAAAAUUUAUUUUUUUCAUAGUUCUUGCCAAGUUAAGAACACGAACUGUUGACGAACGAGAACUGAGUUCCUCAUGACUCGAAUUAUACCCAAACAGAUGAGACCUACGAGGCAAGCGUUUAGAAUUCCUUUCCUUCACUUUGCUUUACUGUUCAUUCUACGAAAGAAGCAGUUCCCAUUUACCGUGGGUAUUUAUGUUCAGUUACAGACAACAGAAAACGCCAAAAUGUAGGUAGAAUAUCAGAAGGACAUUCACCCGCGGCUCGUAUGAUAAUUUUUUUUGUUUUUGCCAAAUUUAAAUGGCGUCUCGUAUUUGGUACCUUAAAGAAGACACGUAGCAAUAAAUUUGUGGAAAUAAGAUUAACUUCAUUUGCAGGUGUCCGCUUAACUGGCAGUUAGUAUGGAUAUAGUGAAUGAUAAUAUGUUUUUUUCCUAUUUUAGGCCAACCAAGGCUGGAAUCACUCCAGUGCAUCAGGCAGCAAGUGAAGGCCAUGUUAAAUGCCUGCAGGAGUUGAUCAAAUCUGGUGCGACGAUCAACGCUGUCGACGGAAACGGUCAUACUCCUAUGUCUUUAGCGCGUGUAUGGGGCCAGAGGGAAUGUGCACGCAUUUUAGCCAAUCAACAGUGGUAUUUGGACAAACAACAGUAUUUGAAAGAAAAACUUGAAAGGGAACAAAAAGCCAAACAGAUCGAGGAAGAAUUGCAAAGACUGAGCCUUAUCCACCUUGCAGAGGGUAAACAUGAGAGUCAGUUAGCGUAUCAGCGAUGGCUCACAGAGAAAGGGAUUCCUGACAUUGGAACCAUGUACGGACCUCUUUCCUCCGAGGAGAGGAAGACUGCAGAAGAAAUUCGAGCAACGCAGUCAUUACGUCCAACUCCUGCACCCGUGCUAACCGAGUCGUCAAUUGUUGUUAGAUCAAAAACGGAGUAUGACAAUUUUGAUGGCGCGCCAUUGUUUACUUCUAGCAGACCAACAGAUCACCAUGAUCACGACUUUGAUAGAAAGCUUGAAUUAAUUCCACUCGAGAGAAUCUCUGCUUCCAAGAGAAGGAAAGGUCAAAGAACGGAGGGUUUGCGGCCAAAUAGGUCUCGGACGGUUGUAAGAUAAAAACAAAUGUUUAGAUUUCCGCUAAUUUUUAAUGACUAGAGAGGGUGGGGAAAUCUUCCCAACGAGCCUCGUAAAGAUAUUUUUAGUCGCUUUUGCCUCGUCAACUCCCGAAAACCUAAGGGAUGGCUUUUCCAGGACGACAUUUCUGUUUGUUUUAGUAUGAAGGCGCAUGUCCACAAUUUUACGUAUCAAGAAUAGAAUUUUCAGGGGGAGGGGCGCCCCUACGCUCAUUCUCAAGCCCCGCCAGUUGAAAAUAGGCUCGGCCAUCCUUGAAUAUAAAAUAUGCUCUAUCCUUGCUUCAUGGUGAACGUUAAUUGAGAAAACUAUGACUAUCUGUUUUGAUACUGAAAAGAGACGGCACUUGAUUAUUAUUCUAACGAGUUGAAUGUUUCAGAGGAGAAAGCGCUUAAAUAAAUAAAAAAGCACUACAUUCACUAAACACCAAAAAGAAAUCAAAAAUAGUUCUGAAGCGGAGAAAAUUUAGUUGAAUUGAGAACGAGGACUGCCAACGUUUCUACGUGAGUUUUCAAGAGGCAUAAACCUAAAUAGUUAGACGUAGCAUCGGCUAAGCAAAUAGUGAUAUAAAUGGAGUUAAGAGUGAAGGGGAAAAAACACGAAAAAAUAGGAAAUGACGUGACUCGUUGACUACCCAGUGUAAAGGAGACCACACUUGAAUAUUUCUCUCCCUCUUGUGACAUGCAAUACGACCUGUAUUUCGCAAAUAAGAACUUUUUACAAGUUACAGCACAUCUGUUCUUGCCUCUUUGAUAUUCCACAUCCAGUUUGUUUACAAUUUAUUUUUUUAGGUGAGGCUGAAAUAACAACAAAUUGACCUUUGUCUUCAGCCGAUGAUGAAGAAUAAUUACGUCUGUCUGCCAGUUGUCUAGGAUCCAGAAUCCAUCAUCGUGCUGCUCACUUGUUGAAAGGUGCCAAUCAUUUAAAUAGGUUAAACAGUCCCCUCUGGAAUGUUUAGCGUCCUUAGGGUCCUUUGGGGCAUGGUAGACCCCAGUCAUCACUUUGGUAGAAAAACCUAACAUAGUGUGUACCUUUUAGCUGUUCUAGGCAGGAAUUUCGUAGUACGUAGAUUUCGUUUAUCAUUUAGUUCUCCCUGUAGUCAUCAUCGGAGAGACGCCUUUUGAUAUAACGUUUACGUACCUCUCGGCGGGAGGCUAUUUAGGGCAGUCAACGAAUACUGUCUCGCAGAAUUUUGCGGUGCGCAGAUUUCAUUUAUCAUUUUAGUUCCCCUUGUAGUCGUCAUUGGAGAGACGCCAUUCGAUAUAUCUUUGAAACGUUUUAAUGUGUAGAGUCACUAAGUUUUUUAUACAAUUUGUGUUGUACUCGUUGUUGACGAGCAUGCUUGGCGAUACUGCACACUACAACGUUUAAUGCGUUAAUUAUCAUCCAACUGCUUUCUUUUAUAAGCAUUCCUUCGAAGCAGCUCGCUCAAGUGCUUUUUUUUACAGUACAAAAUAACCAACUGUCGAAAUAACCGUACAAUAUCGCAGGAUAUUUGUACUCGAUUCACGGGUCGUUGGUGCAGAUAGAUGAUAACAUUUUGUAUCAGCCUCACGGUCUAGCAAUUGAAAGUGAAGCCUUUCACAACUUCGUUGACUAGGCCUCUUCGCCAAAGCACAAUAUCACCAGUAAAAUUGGGUUGCAAAGGACUAGUCAAAACUUUUUCCCCAGGGAAGAGGUGAAGGAUGUUGAAGGGGGGGGGUUUCAUGGUUUUGUGGGGGAAUGGAGGGGGGAUCAGUCGUCGCCAACAGGGUUUGAAGUGAAAAUUGACUGCCAACUAACUGCUGUCUAGGGGGGGGGAGUCAUAAGAAUAUUACAGAGCCUUAUGGGGGGAUCGAUAAAUUUUAUCGAGACAUUACCAAAAUUCUCUCACCCCCCCCCCCUCUUUUCCAUGUGAUAAAUAUUGAACUGUCUCUAAAUAAUCCUGGUGUUUACCGCAUCGGUCAACUUUAGCAUCUUCAAUCGGAUUUUUUAUUGAAAUUAUUUCAUCAUUUACCACUGAUCAUGAAGGAAAAACUUAAGUCGUGGACUCAAAGUCAUUGAUCAGAUACUGAUGAGAAUUACGAGACAGAGGUGCGACCGCAAAGGUCUGGUGUUACCGAGAAUAAAUACCAUCAGAUUAAAAAUAUUAACUACUUGUUUAGGCAAAUCUAUUUUUGAAAUGAACCGCAGGCGGUAUGAAAAGGAACUAGUAACUAAAAUCUAUCGAUUCGUAAUCACGUAAAUGAGCUUCCGCAGCAAGCUGCGUGUUCAUUUUGUGAAAAGCGGAAUGUUGACUGAAGCGCGUACGGAAAGUUUUUGAUUGCAAGUUCCAAAAAAAAAGAUUUUGAAAAUAUUGCCUGACUUUGAAACCUGCGCUGUUUUAAGUAUGUCGAUGCUGUUUCUUGUUUCCAUUUGUAUAAGCGUGCUGUCGGAAGGCGUAGUGCGUGCAAGUAAAUCAGAGGAAGACUUAAAGUUUUAUAACCUUGUGAAGGAAGGACAAUUCACCAUGAAAUGCGAGGAAAUGGUAAGCGAAUGCAGAAAGAAGACUGUCAUAUAAACAGUUGGGAACUAACGCAAUCUUUUUUGUAGAAAAUUGCAUAUUCAAUUCCACUUGUCUACCACUUCAAAUGUUCAAUUGUGGUUAUUGUUAUUUUUACUCUUACAAAGCCGGUUUGGAGCACUGGCGAACUCAUUCAAAUAUGAGACAAAUGUAUACAAUUUGUCUCUUUUUGGAUGAAUAUGCAGUUAAAUUCAUGAAAUGUAGGGCUGGAGAACAUUAUAAGCUAAUUUAAUUACUCACAUGUAUUGCUUUCCUAAAUCGAUGUAAAUUCUCAGGAGUCUUGAAGAAUUACGAGCUACGUUGCGAAUUUUAAUUUAAUUAUGAAUUUUUUUAAUUGGAUAUUUUCAAUGCGCGCCUUUUUUAUAUCAUUUACUAAAUAUUCUCGAAAAAUUUUGGUGAGAUUCGAAGUUUCAUACGUUGCUUAGGGUAAAUGCAUUCAAAUAAGGGUCACAGACUCCAAUUUUUUCGGUUCAAUUCCGUGCGAUUUGCGUCAACAGAGAGCCUUCAGUUGGGAGAGGAAAAAAAUUCCUGCUGUGAAGUGACAAGUCAAGUACAUUUUGUUAUUGAAAGUGAUUUGUGCUGGAGUCACGUACUUUGGUCUUGUUCAAAUUCCACGCGGGCGUUGAUAUGGUUCAAUAACGAUGAAAUACAAGGGAAACUCUCGAUAAAACGGCGACAAAUGAGUGAAAAUUAUCUGGAAAAGGAGAAUAAUAACAAUUGUUUACAAGAAGGAAUUAUGUGAACUAUUUUCUCUUUCCUCAGGAAUGACAAGAUCGAGAGCGAUUUCUUUCUUUUUUUUUUUGUUUUUGUUUUUUUUGUUUUUUUUUUAGAUCAUUUAACUGUUUUGGGGCAGAUAAACUCGUAAAUUGAAUUAUCAGUACUUUGAUCUGAUUGAAGUAGCACGUAUG